CCAAAACAAACUCAAGUCUGCACAGACACUCCCAACGCUCAUACAUAUAUCCUCCCAGGUUGGAGUAGAGACUGGUCCAAUUGUAUUCACCUAAUCGACCUCUCUCUCUUUUUCUCUUUCUCUCUCCGUCUCUUUUGUUUUGAUACCAACCCUUUCGAAAUCACUCUGGCUAGUGAACCGUCAACAUGCAGCUGACCAAGACUCUUCUUCUCGCCCUUGUCGGCACGGCCUUUGCAUCUCCCAUUGAGAAGCGCCAAGCCGCCAUUAUCCAGCAGGCCGUCACUGAAGUCCAGGGCGCUAUCUCGAAGCUCGAUACCGCAGUAAAGGGCGUUGGCGACGACAUUGCCUCUGCACAGCCCGUCCUGGCCGCUGCCACCGAUGUCAAGACCGUCAUCACCAAGGCAGGCAACGACAUCCAGGCCGCCCAGCCCCUGCAGCUCCAGGAGGCCCUCGGCCUCCAGCAGAUCGCCGGCGACCUCCAGACGUCGGCGACUGGGCUGAUCGAUACCAUCAUCGCCAAGAAGCCCAACUUUGACAAGCUCGGCGUCUCGAGCGUCGUGCUCCAGAACCUCCAGGAGCAGAAGAGCACCACCACGAGCCUCGGCCAGGCCCUCAUCUCCAAGGUCCCCGCCAUCGGUCAGGGCAUCGCCCAGCAGGCCAUCGACCAGAUCUCGGCCGUCCUCGACAGGGGCAUCCAGGCCUACUCUGCCGGCGGUGGUGCCGCUCCCGCUGUAGGGGGUGGCGCUGCCGCGCAGCCAGUGGGUGCGUAAAAGCACAUAAUAACCCCUUUCGUCGCGCGCGCCCUUUUUCCUUUUCUCUUCUUCUUUCGUCGUUUUCCCCUCUCAUCAGCAUCUGUCCGUUCGUCCGACUGUAUCUACUAGCGAGAUUGUCUCUU